AUAAGAGCCGUUUCUCCAGGAGACGGCAGAAGACGGAGGAAGACUUUCAGCCCGCGCUCCAACAGACAGACAGACAGACAGACAGACAGACAGACAGGAAGAUGGUCUCUCCGCGCCUCCGCUGCCUCCUGCUCCUCCUCUCCCUCACCGCCUCCUUCAGCAGCUGCUCCGCCGCACAGAGAGACUCCAAACUCCGCCUGCUGCUCCAGAGGUCCCCGCUGGGCUCCAAACAGGACGUGUCCCGCUCCUCGGUGGCGGAGCUGCUGGCGGACCUCCUGCAGGUGGAGAACGAGGCUCUGGAGGAGGACUUCCCGCUGGGAGGAGAACCGGAGGACGUGCACGUGGACCUGGAGCGCGCCGCCGGGCCGCUGCUCGCACCCCGCGAGCGCAAAGCCGGAUGCAAGAACUUCUUCUGGAAGACCUUCACCUCCUGCUGA